UCGGGGUAUAAAAGUCAAGUGGAAGACGACUUUGUAUCUUUACCUUGGAUAAAUGACAGCGUGUUGAAUCCUCUGAACGUGGAUUAUUAUCACACAGCCUCAAGAUGCCAAGUAGAGCCGAUUCAACAGUUAUUCUCUCAGAGACCAACAAACAAGGGAAUAAAGUUAAAUCGAACAAAAAUGAGAAGACAAAUGCAGAAAAUGUUUCCGUAUAUGUGCCGAAUAUCCCAGAGCCAACAAGCAGAGCUGAGUUCAUAAAGUACUGGAUGAACUUGUCUUUAGAUGAUAAGACAGCCAACAAGAUGCUGUGGAUUUCUGACAGUGGGUCUAAGGUGUGUCGUAGAACUAAGGAGGUUUGUCCUGUCCUAGACAGACCAGAGAGAUAUGAGUACUCUCCACAGGUUGUCUGCAAAGAGGCCAUUUGGAACAUGCGGGCUUACUGGGAGGUGGAGUUCUCUGGGUGGGUUGUAAUUGGAGCUGCCUAUGAAGGAGCAGGACGGAGGGCACAUUCUGGUCCGAGUGGCCUUGGAGAAAAUGAGGAAUCCUGGGGUCUGUGUUGGUCAGGAACGUGUUACCAGAUCUGGUUCAACGGUAUCAACAAAGACCUGAACGACAUCCCGUAUUGCUCUACAAUUGGUGUUUACAUUGACCAGCCUGCAGGGAUUAUAAGCUUUUAUGCUGUUAGUGGUGAGGGGGCAGAGAGGGAGGUUAAGCUGUUGCAUAAAGUUGAGACUACUAUUGAGAAAAAGAUUCUUCCAGGUUUCUGGAUGGGAAUUCAAUCCUCAUGCACAAUACUGAAGAAAUCAGAAUGAAUCGCUAACGCUAAAACGGAUUAAAUCUGUGUUGAUGAUGCUACAGUCACGUUUUUAACACUCAAGUUAUAUUCCCACAGUUAUCAUCUAAUACUUCUAAUUGUUUUUAAUUGCAGUUAAGUAAACAAUUAGUUCUAUUCUGUUUGUUAAGUUGUGAAAAAUGUG